AGUGGAGCAAGUGCGGUAGCUAUAGAUAAAAAGAUAGAACAGGCCAUGGACUUGGUGAAGAGUCAUUUGAUGUUUGCAGUCCGCGAGGAAUUUGAAGUGUUAAAGGAACAAAAUAAGGAACUUGUCGAAAGAGUGGGACAAUUAGAGUUCGAAAAUAAUAUUUUACGUGCAGACGCUAAACCUGAAACGUUAGCGAAGCUUCAACCACAGAAAGCAUUACAGCCAUCAACAACAUCUUAA